AUGCCUUCUGCAAUCGUCAACAACACCAGUCCAAGAUCGAUCUCGACUAUUGCAAAUGUCACUUUCAUCAACAACAAGCUGAUCGACAAGCAUGAUGUUUUGGAGAUCUCUAUUGAUCUUUUCAAUAAGAUCUUUCCUGAUCAACAGGGACACGAGUCCAAAUUCGUGCUUAUCAAGUUGAUAGGUUCGCCAGAUUUCUUCAAAUCAUUCAGAAUUUUCAAAAUCAACUCCAUUGACUUCGAAAACCAGAAGAAUACCAUCAAAUUCAUCAACAAUACCAACAUCAAUAUUCAGUUCACAGAAGAUCAGUUAACCCUCAAUUCGGCUAUAAUUCAGUCAGUGUCAACUGAGGAUAUACCAAAAUUAUCUAGAGUGUACGUCUCAGUUCCAGGUGAAGUGUAUUCUAUUUUGAGUAACAAACCUCAAGACUCGACCAGAGCACAAUUUUUGACUACGUUCUUAGCCCACAACGGUUCGGUGGCUAACGAAAGUGAUUAUAUCCGUUUGAUAAACGGUCAAAUCAAACUAUGUGAGCCUGUAUCUCAGGGAUUUAUUGAUUACGACACCAAAAUUGUCUUGAUCAAAGACAAUGAAUAUCCACAGGGAUAUGGAGGGGUUAAUAACUUUAUCGAAGAAGUUGAAAUUGAAAAUGACGAUGACGAUGAAGAAAUACCAAACGUGGAAGAGUUAGAUAUCUCUUCGUACUUAAGUUCAAGCCUUCAAUUCAAUGCAGGAAAUGAUUCCAUCAAAAGCUCGGAGUUCAAUGUCAGACCGUUACCUGAGCCAAUUACUAUCGAAGGAUUGCCAAAAGAAUGGGCAAAGGAUGACACUGAAGCAUUUGUAUUUAUGAACUCAAGUGACUUCAUCAAGUUGGGCUUUCCCAUUUUCAAUGGGGAUUUGUCUAAGCUCCAUUUUGGUUCCAAGCUGGUCAUUGUCAGAGUAUUCACUCUAGCUGAGCCAAAUAAAAUAUUCAAGUCUGGAAAUGUAUACUUGUCCCCAAUCUUAAUCAUCAACCUCGAUUUGAAUCCAGAGUCUAGUAUCACAUUUGAGCCAAUUUCCACGACAUCUGCACAACAGUUAUCCACUUAUCUUCCAAUAGCUGAAUCGGCGAUAAUUUCGAGAAUUUCCUCUCCAAUAACCAUGGAUAAAACCUACCAGAAACAUUUCUUUUCUAGUCUCAAGACUAGUUUGAGUAAUUAUUUCAAAUGCGUUCAGAAGGGUGACUACUUCCCGGUUGUGAUUGAUUCGGUAUUGGCAAAAACAAUGUUCGAUAAUGCAACAGGUGAAGAGGAUGGAGAGGACGAAAAUGGAAGCAAUGACGCUUUUGAUGUCAUUCCCACUGGGGACCCUGAUGCAGUCGCCUGGUUUAAAAUUGUGGAUAUAAAGGGAGUCAACGACGUGGGUACUGAACAGUUUAUCAUUGAUCCAACUCAGACAUUAUUGGUUUCUUCUGGAGUCGAAUUUGUUAGAUUGCCAAAGAAUGAAUUUAGUCAAUGGUAUAAUUAUUUGAAACUUCCUCCAAGUUUCAAUUUCAAUAGCCAUUUGGAUAAAGGAGACUUCCCUUAUGCUAAAGACUUGAAGAAAAUCAUUCAAACUUGCUUGAGCUCAAAGAUAAAUCUCAAAACCACGGUCAUGCUUCAGUCAUUGAGCAGAGGUAUUGGAAAAACAAGUUUAAUUAGAAACUUGUCUACAGAGUUAGGAUUAAACUUGAUAGAGUUGGAUUGCUUUGAUUUGAUAAAUCCCGGUCAAGAAUUAAAAACCAUCGGAUUCUUGAUGGGAAGAAUAGAUAAGAUCAUUGCCAAUGCUACCUCUGAUUCUUCUUGCUUCCAUAUAAUUUACUUAAAGCACAUCGAAAGUUUGUGCCCUCAAGUUGACACCAAUGAUCAAAAUUCCAACAUUCACACCUCCUUGUCAUUGAAAAUUGUUCAAACCUUGAAUGACUACCUUACUCAGUACGGUAACAUGAUUGUUGUCAUGAGUUGUAACGACUUUGACAAAGUAAAUGAUAAUAUCAAGCUGAUGGUUAAAUUCAACAUCACUUUUAAUGUUCCUAGUGAAUCAGAAAGAUUGCAAAUCUUCAAGUUUUUAAUCGGCAAUGAAUUCAACGGAAAUUUCGAUAUUACUUCCUCCGUCUUUGUUCUCAGACAAGAUAUCAAUUACAAAACUUUAGCCUUACAGUCAGCUGGUUUGACCCCAAGAGAUUUGACUUCGAUCAUAAAGAAGUCCAAGACAUUGGCCAUAAAAAGAUUAACAAAAUUAGCAAUGGAUUCUGACAUUACACUCAAUAAAUUAAUCAAAAUUGGUAAUGGUGGCUUAAUCAACUGGAUUCCAGAAGAUUUCAACCUAGCUAUUAAUGAAGCCAGAAAUCAAUUCAGUGAUUCUAUUGGUGCUCCGCGUAUUCCCAACGUCAAAUGGGAAGACAUUGGUGGAUUGGAUCUUGUCAAAGAUGAAAUUUUGGAUACCAUUGAUAUGCCCUUGAAGCAUCCGGAAUUGUUCAACAAUGGUUUGAAGAAAAGAAGUGGUAUUUUGUUCUACGGGCCACCUGGUACUGGUAAGACGUUGUUGGCUAAGGCUAUUGCCACCAACUUCUCGCUUAAUUUCUUCAGUGUGAAGGGUCCAGAAUUGUUAAAUAUGUAUAUUGGUGAAUCAGAAGCUAAUGUCCGUCGUGUGUUUCAACGUGCUAGGGAUGCAAAGCCAUGUGUUAUUUUCUUUGAUGAGUUGGAUUCAGUUGCACCAAAGAGAGGUAAUCAAGGUGAUUCCGGAGGUGUUAUGGAUAGAAUUGUUUCCCAAUUGUUGGCCGAAUUAGAUGGUAUGAGCGGUGGAGGUGAUGGAGGUGAUGGAGUGUUCGUUGUUGGGGCUACUAAUAGGCCAGACUUGUUGGACGAAGCUUUGUUAAGACCUGGAAGAUUUGACAAGAUGUUGUAUCUUGGUAUUUCCGACACCAACGAUAAGCAAACCAAAAUCCUCGAGGCGUUGACCAGAAAGUUCAAGUUGCACGAGGAUGUUGACUUGGCCAAAAUCGCUGAGAAGUGUACCUUCACAUUCACGGGUGCUGAUUUCUAUGCGUUAUGUUCCGAUUCGAUGUUGAAUGCCAUGACUCGUGUGGCUAACGAAGUUGAUGCAAAGAUUAAGAAAUUCAACGCUGAUCUAGUCAAUCAAGGCAAAGCAACCGUUUCUACAAGAUGGUGGUUCGAUAAUGCUGCUACCGAGGAGGAUAUCAAUGUGUUGGUCAAAAUGGAAGAUUUCCUCAAGGCACAACGCGAGUUGAGUCCUUCUGUCAGUGCCGAGGAAUUGCAACACUACUUAAGAGUUCGGGAGAAUUUCGAAGGUGGAAAGGAAAAGGCCAAGCAGGCGGAGACUAAUGGUGUGAACAAGUAG